GUAGUCGUAAUUAUGUACAUUCUUUAAACGGACGUUUUCAGAUGGAAUCACAUGUCCAUUAAGCAUCCGCAGCGUUUGCAUAUUUUAUGGCUAUAUUUAUCGUCGUGCGAACAGCGCUUUUUGGGUUGAAUGAUUUAGAAGAAUUUCUUCCAAAAGUUAGCCGGUUUUUUGAUUUGUUACCGAUUAAGGAAUUUGUAUCCGUAACGUCGUCCUUCGCUAAAGGAUCUGUUCGCGUAGUGGGGAGGUACCUUGCCUAUAUAAGAAAAUUGCGAAAUUUUAUUUGCAUCAUUUGGGCUUUAAAAAAGUGUGACAAUGUUGAGUGGUGCGUUGGUGAUUCUGUUAAUCGCGGGAGUGUUUUCUCGUCCCGAUGUCUCCCAUCUUAAGGGCAUUAAACAAUACGCGAGCAGUUACGACGUCCCUGUGGGAUCAGUUGAUAAUGAGUACGUGAAAACGACUCAUGUCUUCCACCAAGAUGUUCCCACCGUACGCUACUUGCGACCGUUUGUUUAUGGACAAGGAGCUGGAAAUCAGAAUGUGUAUUACGUCUCAAAGGCUGGGGAACAACACUUGGUUCCAAUCACAGUGACUGGCGGGCAAGUAUCAUCAUCUUCUCACGGAUUAGAAAACCAAGGCAACAACGCGUACUACACGCUGCAAUCUGGCGAGCAGUACUUAAUACCAAUCACCUUAUCGGGAGGAAGCUCAUCAUCUUCUCACGGUCUUCAAAACCAAGGCAACGUGCAGUAUGUAUACCAAGGCCUAGGUCAAGGAAAUGCGCAACAUACGUCUCAAGGAAUUAACUUGGCAUCUCGUGGAGAUUAUGGUGGAGUUAACUUUGUCACUCAUGGAGGUCACGGGGGAGUUAACUUCGUAUCUCAAGGAGGCCAAAGCCACUCGCACGCAGGUUCCGGUAAUGCCGCCCGUGUGGUCGAAAACAAGGAGCGUGUUUACUUCUUCUCGGCACCCGAGGAUGCAGUAGAACAUCACACUCGUCUCCGCAUAAACAUUGUACCGACCCAUACCAAGAACUCCAACGUAAUCUUUGUUAAAGCCCCAAGCGUCGGUAAAAUCAUCCCCGAAGUAGUCGUACCAUCGCACCAAGUCGUCGAAGACAAAACUAAAGUCGUUGUGUUAGUCAAAGAGAACGAUCACUUCGUACCACUUAAGAUCAACGCGCCGAUUCCUAUUAGCCAGGGUAAGGCCGAAGUUGUGGUCGUGAAGUAUCAUGAUAAAAAUGACAAAGCGCGUGUUGUCUCAGGCGGGCAUAUCGGUGGAAGCACUCUUAUCGGGCAAGACAAAACAUCCUUCAUUCACGGUAAUGUAGGAAGUUUAACUUCUCGAUUUGAUUCUAGCGGUUCUAAUGCCGCUCUCAACGUGGAAACUCAAUAUCAAGUACUCCAAGGUGCGACUGGUGAUCAGUCAAGCAAUCAAGGAAAUUCUGGGCACAGUUACCAAAUCAAAACUGUGGAAGUCACCGGACAAGCUCCGUCUGUUUCUUCCGGCGCGCAGUUUAUAAGCGGCGGAGAUCAACAGGCGGCCUUUGGGGUUACUUACAGCGGCGGUAGCUCGGGAACCGGCUAUACAUUGGAAUCAUCCGAUUACACCCAAGGCGGAUCUUCAUUAGAUUUUGGCAGUCUUGAUAAUGUGAAGAAGCUACUGGGUGAUGGUGUUGAAAUCGUCAGCGUCAAUAAGGGAACCUUACACGCAUCUGGAGUUGGUGGCAACGCUAAGAAUACGAUCUUUAAGUCACUUGGAAUAUCCGACGAUGUGUUGCAACAAGGUGUUGGCGCAGUCAGUCACAGUGUAAGCGGCGGACAACUCUCCGACGAGCAAGUAUCAGGACAGUCUUCUUACCAAAGCAGCAGCACCGGAGGUUCCCAUCAAAUUCAGAUUGGCCAAGAUGUUGCCGAUGUUAUUAGUGGAUCAUCAUUAAAGGCUUGA